AUGAACGAUGGUUCUAUUGUUGUAAGGGAACAAAGCAUUUCGCCUGGCGACUUCCCUGACCUGAAAAAAAUGCAGGAACUUUUGGCGUCCCAGGAUUUUUCCAAGUUCAACCCCAUGAAAGUGAAGCUGAUCGAAAUGGUGGAUGGCAUGCUGGCUUCUGACAUCGGUCGUCUUAUGAGGCAGAUUCCAGUCGAGGAAGAGGUUAGAAAUGAUAAGCAGAUGGUGAAAGGUGGAGCGUUUAUGAACGACGAAAGUCCGUUCGGUUUCGGCAGGGGAGAAGGUGUCGACGCCGGCUUCGACGAGCCACAAUGGAUUGUCUACAAGGAAAAAUAUAAGUACGACGAAAUGUUCGACAAGUUGAACCCCGUCGAUGGAAAACUUUCAGGCGCGGUGGCGAAGUCUCACAUGAUCAAGUCAAAGUUGCCAAAUUCUACGCUUAGCCGAAUAUGGAAGCUGUCAGACGUAGAUAAGGACGGCAUGCUCGAUUCCGAAGAAUUUGCACUUGCGAACUAUUUGAUCAAUCUCAAGCUGGACGGACACGAAAUUCCUCCGGAACUGCCGGCACACCUCAUUCCUCCUUCGAAGAAAGGUUUUUACUCAGCGGAAGACUCGUAG